AUGAGUGAUACGCCAUCAUCAAAUGCUGGUUCUCCUACUGGUCCUUGUACUCCAACCACUCCUAGUACUCCAGAUGUCUCUAUUGGGUCUACUAGUUGCUCAUCAACAUCUUCUCGGUUGGUCAUCUCAGUGGUAGCGGAAAAAUUUGUUCCUAAUGGUCAUUCUAUCUCGAAGACCAUCACAGAAAUUUUCAAGGAACGACAAGAUGCUACUGGCUACUCAUGGAAGGAUGUCAGUCAAUCAACUCGUAAAUUUUAUUGGCAUGAAUUUUUGGUGGCAUCCACUUUAUACUCCAAGAAAAUGUAUAUUUGGCGAAAAGGUACAGUCAAACCUAAUUUUGUUUUGGAGGAUAUUUGGAGAAGUUGGAAGACGCAUUGGGCCUCAGAUGAAUGGAUGGAUAAAUCUGCCACUCGAAAUCGAUGUAGUGAGACUGGUGGACUAGGCACUAGUUCAAGCAAGCAUACCGGUGGUUCUAGAUCAACAGUGGAGCAUACUAUAAAAUUGGCAAUAGAACUACGUCGUCCACCAAAUUCGUGGGAUAUAUUUAAGAAGUUGCAUAAAAGAAAGGAUGGCAACUUUGUUGAUGCCAAGUCUAAAUGCAUUAAUGAUAAAAUGGAGGUUGUCUUAGCUGCUGCUAUUUCUAGCUCCUCGAAUGAUUCACAAGAAGUUCAAGAACUUGAUAUAAAUAGCUUAUAUUUUGAUGUUGUGAGUGGAGAAAAAAAACGACGUGUGUAUGGUUUAGGCUCUCAAGGUUUGGCGUUGUAUCAAGAUCAAAAUUCUAUCACUUCGCGCAAUUUACCUGCGGUGUCUGAUGAUGUUGCUGAAGAGCGCAUUAAACUACUUGAGGAAGAAGUGUUGCAUAUGAGAGAAAAUCAAGAGAGAAUUCUUCAAGAACGUUUAGAGGCGGAGGUGCAACAACGAGUAGAGCACGAGGUCUCGCGUUUGAGGCAACAAAGUGAUGAUCGAUUCAAGUCUAUGGAGGAACGAUGGUCUCGCAUGAUGAGCGAGAUGGCGUUAUCCUCACGCUCAUCUAGUAAUCUUUCUCCUUAA